AAGAAUCUCCCACGACAAAAUCUUUCCUUUUUUUCAUCUCUUCUAGUUUUCUUCUCCCCUGUUUUGUUUCUUUUAACUAUCUAGAUUGUAUUGGAUUUGUUUAAUCAAAUUCCAAUUGAAUCGGAAGGGAUGGUGGUGAAGAUGAUGAAGUGGUCGCCGUGGCCGACUCUGGCCACCAGAAGGUACAAGGUGAAGGUGAAGUCCCUGAAGCUCCUCCUAGGAUGUUCGGAUGAUGACGACGACGACAUUGAUCAUAGUGCUUGCGCUCUAGAUCAAGGAGACGUUGAGGAAAAGGUUAUAGCCAUCAAGAUGAGAUGGAAAGGCGAACCCAAGUUUGGAUUGGUCCCUUUUCAUCUACCAUCCUCCAAACAAUGCAGACAUUUUUCCAGGGAAAAGGUUGUGAAGAAAUUGGAGGAAGGAAAUAUUAAGGCCAUUGAAUGGAAUGGUGAUGAGGUGUUGGAGUUGGAGAAUUUCUGCAGCUUUACAAUUGUGUCAACCAGUCAAGAUGGUCGUCCAAAGUUUGCUCCUUGGGAUGUGUCCUUCAGUCUUUUAUAUGGAGAGAAGAAGAAGAAGACAGAGAGCAGCAAGGGUAAAUUGGUGGUGAUUGGAAGGGCCUCCUUGAAUAUAGCGGAGAUGGUGGCUGGGAGGAUGAUGGAGCCUUCUCCUGAUGAUUAUGAUCUUCAUCAAGAAGUUGAAGCAAAACUUCCCAUCAAUCUACAGAUUGGAGGGAUUACCAAAGAAGCCCAUUUCCUGGCGCCACAUGAAACCUAUGAAACGAGAAAUGUAAACCAGAAAGUGGCACCGUCCAAAAGAGUUUUUGUUCAUUGA